UGCUCUAAUUCGCCCGUUAAGCUGCAAAUCCAUAUGCCGUCCUGUCUCUUUCCUGAGUGCGUGCGCGCGCGCUUGCCCGCCUCCUCCUCGCGCGCAAACAGCCGUCGGCUCUCACGCGUCGCUCUUCGCGCCAGCUCGUGGCCGCCUGGCUGCUCGCGCCGCCGCUGGGGAGAGGCGGAGAGGAGGGCGCGCGCCGCGGCCGCCUGGACAUGAUCUCCUUCUGGCUGCUGUGCUGGAAGCUGCUGAGAGCUACAACUGGGCUACGAAGGACAGCGCCUGAACUGCCAGCCGGUGACCACAGCAGCCGUCCUGACACCAGCCUCGUCAGGGACUCCACUGUACCUGCAACAGCAGGAAGUUCUGUAUCCAUGGAGACUGAAUCUUCACCAGAUCUAGACAGAGACAACUUAUUCUGUUGCAGCAGUCAGGAAAUGGAAGAGCACCGUUACCCAGAAGUCUCUGAGGAAGAAGAGGAGCCGUCAGAGGAAAGAAAUUCAGAAGGAGAUGAAUGCGACUAUCUAGUCUUUGAAAAGAAGCAAAGAGAGGUAGAAGAUGAAAGUGACAGAAGUGAUGAGACAGGAAAUGAAGGGAGAACAGAAACUCUGGAAGAAAAGGAGACCAGAUGGGACGAAGGGAAGGAAAACGAGAAGAGACAAAGAGAAGAAGUCGACAAAGGAGAAGACGCAAUGAGAACAAAGGGAGCGGAUGAAGGAGAUACUGAUGAAGACUUGUUUGGGACCAGUAUGGAUGAAGAAGAUGAGAGAAGAGGAACAAAGGAGGCGGAUGGAUGGAUAACAGAAACACUGGAAGAGCUGACACAAGAGGCUUUGUCCAAUCUGCUCAUUGAGUCUGAAUCCGGUCUGUUACCGGAGCCCCUGGUGGUCCCCGCUGAUCCUCCACAAACCUCAUGGCUCGAGUCCUGGGAGCAUGACCCCAGCAGCAGGGGGGAUCCUGGCGACUGUUACCAGGCAGAGCUGGCCAGCACGUCCUCAGACUGCGACGCUGGGGAGGACCACUGUGAUGCCACCAGCCUCACAGGAUAUGGAGCAACUCCUGCUGACACAGGCGAUGCAGAGAAAACGAAGGAAGAGGAGGAAGUUAAGACAGGACCAAUGGAACAGAGGGGGGACGAGAGCGAUAAGACCCAGGAAAUCACAGAGGAGCAGACGAGAUCCAGCAGACAUGAGGUCCUGCAGUCUCCUCCCGUUGGCUCCAUGGCCAGCUUACCUGAGCCUGACACAAAGGUUCCUCCUGAUUUCUGUGUGCAGCAGGAGCCCCUCAAUGAGAACAUCUCCACCGAGCAUGUGGAUUUCAUGUCGGCUCGCCAGCAGUGGCAAAAGAUGGAGGAGGAGGUCAAAGGUCAACCGAUCCCUAAACCAGGACUGAGAGCUCACGGGAGUUUCCAGGGCACCCACUCUUCCUUAUAUCCCCCCACCCGCAGCCCUCGCCUUAAACACAAGGAAAUCCACGCCCCCGGGCCUCGAGAGCCUCCACUUUCCUCAACCUUGUCCCCGAGUUCAGAAGACUCCGGCUUGGAUGACUUUUCAUACCGCAGCCCCCUGGAGGAGUCCGAGAGUGCCGUGGAUCGGGAGAUCCGGCUAACUCUGGAGAGAGAGGAGAGGCACCGCAAGGAGAGAGGCAUGAUUGCACAAGGCCUGACUUUACCCAGACCUUCUACCCUGCAGACUGGACGAUCUCCUCCUCGACCUCCAGCCUGCCGCACCCCCACUCUGUCCAUCUCGCCGACCCCCCCCUGCUCCUCCUCCCUACCACGCUCCGCGUACCACGAAUUGACAGCCAACAACGUCAUCAUUCUGGAGCCCGAUUCCUCUAGUCAGGCUUCCAGGAACCGCCUCAUCUGUGAUUGGCCGGCCAGCCUCGAUGUGGGUCCGUCUGCCAAUGUCAUCGUGGUGGAAACCUCCAACCUGAUCAUCCGAAGUGCUUCCGAGUUCAGCCUCAGCACGGCACCAACGUCCACGGAGACACAACAGAGCACUUUUACAUCCAACCCCUUCUUCAAGCUGCGCUCCAUCAGCAGUCAGUCGCUUGUGGAGCAGGAGAUUAAAAUGGUGAGGCAGAGGGAGGAAGAGUGGAGGAGGCAGAGAGAGGAGACGUGGCGAAGGAAACGGGAGGAGGAGUGGAGGAGAGGAAGAGAGAGGUAUGACACGGUGCUGGUGUCCCCAAGCCUGAAUGACAGCAGCAUCAGCAUCAGCGUUCCAGAUGUUGCAGAUCGAUCCGUCUCCUCCCCUUCAUCCCCCUGCAGGACUCGCAAAAUGGAGAGGUCUAGUCUGUCAUGUGACCACAAGUGGCUGAGCUGAUUCUCCCAUUCCCUCCAGUUUCCUCCGUCUUUUACUUCAGUCAAUCAGCGGCAGAACUCUAUGGCGCAGAGAUGGGAAGCUUCGCUUUUGGCCAAACAGAAGAAGAAGUAAGCAAGGACUGCAGUCGAUUCUCUCCGUUGGAACGGGCUGAGAUGAAAGCUGAUGUCACUUCCUGUUCAUCUAUCCUUCAGCCGGUUUAGAUUUGUGCUUAGGCCUACAUGAGAGUUAAUGUGGGGUUUGUGGUACUUUUCUGUGUAAAAGUCCGUUUUUUUCGGUUCGGUUGGUCUCUCGGUCUCAGAUGUAGACGUCCAUAUGAACUCUGUAAAUGCUGUAGCAACAUUUUAACUUAUCUGUGUGACAGUUGUUUCUUUUUUCCAGUUUAUUUGUUAGUACUUAUGAGCAGCAGCAUUGCUUUAAAUAGUUAUUGAUCAUUAUUUGAUUAUUAGUCGUGACAAUCAAUCCUUUUUUCAACAUUUCUUGGCUAAUCACAGUUUAUUUAUUAUGUUGAUUUGUCAGUUAGAGCCUUUUAGAGGCCAAGGCUUUGAAAGGCAGCAGGUUUUUGUCUUCUUUCCUUUUCAGCUACAGUUUGAUUUUGAAGGAAAUCAAGCCAGACUUUCCAAAUCUCGGCCUCCGCAAGAGCUGGACUGGUCCGUACUGAUUGGUACUUUGACUUGGCGCUUCAACAGUUUACGUUUGGACCACAGUUUGUGUUUGUGAGCACCGUUUUGAUGCAAACCUGAUUAUUACAGAUGGUGGUAGAGUUCUGUUUAAAGUAGCUGCAGCAGCCAAAGAGAGGGAGACAGAAGCAGAUGUUUAAAAAUGGUAUUAUAUAAAUGAUACAUGGAAAGCUUUUACUGCAACUGUGGCUGGUUUGCUCAAAGUAGACCAACAACAGUUUCUGAAUCGUGCUGCUUUAUUUCUAAAAGGUCAGAGGAGCUGCAGAUUCCAUAAAGAGCAGAACCAUGAGAGCUGCAGCUUUGACUUCUGAGUGUUUCCUCUUCUAUGCUCAGUAAUGAUCCUGCAAAGGAUGCACCUGUGUCAGAAUCCACAUUUGAGCAGAAAAUUUAAUGAAAAUUGCUUAUUUAUCUCUCCUUUUUAUUCUUAAAAAUACAUUUAUUUUGUUGUCUAUUUUAAUAACCUAUUUAUAAAUCAGCAAUGUUUAAAAACGUUUCAAGACUUUAUUGCAAUACCAGGAAAAUGUGAAUUCUAGUAUUUUUUAUUGAUGGUUCUACAUUCUUUUGUGUAUAAAUGUUCAAUAGUCCAUCUUCCAACUAUAGGAGACUAAAAUAAAUGGGAAAAAAAAUACAUUUAUCUAUUUAUGUGUGUGUGUUACAAAAAUUAUAAAUGUGAAAACAAUCAAGUCUUCAAUCCAAGAAAGUUUUAGUCUGAAUCCAGAAAAUAUGAUGGCGUGGAAAGCAACCACUGCAUAUUUGCACCUGUCAAAGACUUUUUCAGAUGGACUCCAACACGGCGUAUGGUAUUUUCACAGCACUGCUGCACAAUGUGACAAAUAGAUGCAUUAUAUUGGUCAUGCUGAACUGUACCGUUUCUGCGGACCUUUAAUACAACAUCUUACCAAAAAGGUGAUUGUUUUCCUAAUCUGCCUUUAAGGUAUCCCAACAUUCCAACCAAGUUCCAGUUCAGCAACACUAUAUUCUAGGAACAGGUUGUACUCUCCAUAUGUUGUAUCAUAAUGGAAUCAUUCUAUUCCCAAUUCUAGUCUAAUAUAAACUGGAAACAUUUUAGCCUUGCUUCCACUGAGCGGUAUGGUACAGUCUGGUCUGGUCAGGUUUAGAAGGGUCCAUACAAUUCAGGUGAGUAGAGAGUUGGACCGUCACGGCGCAUACGUGGUGAAGCUAACAACAACAAUGGUCAUCCAGCAGCUUAUUUUCAGCUCGUAUCUACAGAGCAUUUCAUGUUGUUUGAGAGAAGAUUGCAGGUAGCGAUGAGGAAAACAGACGCUUUCUUGGAGCUUUCUUUGUCUGAAUGACCUUCAGCCAAUCAACGGGUUUCAACAGUAGCUCCGCCCUAACCGGUCUGUUCCAUUUUCCUAUUGAUCUACGACCAGGGGGGUCUCAAAAAUCGUAUGGUUCGGUCCAGGUAAUUGGGUCUAUUUUUUAACGGAAACGCUCAAAAUACCAGACUGGACCGGACCGGACUGUUCAGUGGAAACCAGGCUUUAGUUUUCCUUCUCCUUAAUCAUUAAAAUCUCACAAAAGACCUACAGUUGUGGAAAGUGAAGUUCGGAUAAGAAACUUUGAAAUAUUUUAACGGACAAAGCCUGUGUCGGUAGAGACUGAAGGACUCAUGUACAUGUCUUCACUCAUGACGGAUCUGUAGCUCAUGGUUGUCUACAGAUCCACAGAGCCAGAGUUCAAGGGAAAAGCAGAUCAGGGAUAAAGUUGCUCAUGUACAGCUGUACACUUAUGUUACUGCUGUCUGACUAUUCCUCUUCUUACCAUUGCGGGACUUAUUACCGAUCUCAGUCCUUUAUUAUUCAUUUGACCUUUUUAGAUAAAGCUACGGUCAGGUAUGCCUGUUUCAGUAACUUUUCCUGAAUUUUGUUUGCUUUGAACUUUAACUUUUGUUGCCAAAAUGAAGCGUCUGAUGGUGGCAAGUUUAAUAAAGAAUCUUACUCCUGUGACA